UAGGCCUACGUGUUUUUAACUGGCUCUUAUACAUAAGUUAGGCCCUAUUCUUUGCGUUUGCAGUGCAGUAUUUGAGGUCAUCGCUUGGAACUUUUAUAAUUAAUUCUCGACCAGUCGAUCAACCUAGUUGAGCCAGACUGAUCAAGAGUCACAAGACUUGGACCUAAGUCUGAGACAAGAGGGGAAGAGGACCAGGCCAAGAUCAGACAUUAGACAGUGAAGGUCUUAGCCUGGGAUGAUUGAUGAUCAGUUUCAUUAUCGUCUUUUACCAAUUAGAUCUGAGAGUUGAAUUAUCACAGAGAUGCUGUCCAGUGUCAUCACCACCCAUUCCCCGCAUUCAUCCCCACCCACCAGCCCGACGGGGAUUGGGCCAACUUCCCCUCGUACGGAGGCCCACAUGAGUGCCCAAGCUAAGCGGCAGAAGUAUCUGCGCCGAAUUCUGCAUUUCCGCCAGAUGGAUUUUGAGUUUGCCAUGUGGCAGAUGAUCUAUCUCCUGGUUGCUCCUCAGAAAGUAUAUCGCAAUUUUCAGUACAGAAAACAAACUAAGAACCAGUUUGCAAGGGAUGAUCCAGCUUUCCUUGUCCUUCUGAGUGUCUGCCUUUGUGCAUCUUCAGUUGGAUUUGCCUUUGUGUUAGGUUUGUCUUUUGUGGGAUUCCUCAAGUUUCUUCUGUGGGUGGUGUGUAUUGACUGCAUUAGUGUUGGACUCUGUAUUGCUACAGCCCUGUGGUUCAUAACAAACAGAUAUCUGUUGAUAUCCCAUCGAGGGCAAGAUGUGGAAUGGGGUUAUGCCUUUGAUGUCCAUCUUAAUGCUUUCUUUCCCAUACUCAUUAUUCUUCAUGUGUUCCAGCUUAUUCUUUACAUGCCAAUUAUCAAUAGAGACUCAUUUCUGUCAACUUUCUUUGGCGACACGCUCUGGUUGAUUGCGAUUGGUUACUAUAUCUACAUUACAUUUCUUGGUUACAGUGCAUUACCGUUUCUCAAGAGGACUGUAGUGCUUCUAUACCCACCCUGCGUAACACUAUUCUGCUUGUACGUCCUUUCCGUUAUACUCAAUUGGAACAUCAGUCGGACUGUCAUGCACUUUUACAGAUAUCGAGUCAACUAGAGCCGUGCGAACUACAGAAAAAAGGCACAGACUUUUCUACAUAUAUAUAAUGGCACAAUGGACUCUUUGCUGUGGAACUUGAGAUGGUAUUGGCUGACUAUGCUCUUCUGUAUGAGAUGGUGAAUAAAGAUCAUCAAACUGGCAUCUAUCUCUUUUAUAGCAGUGUGAUACGGCACAUCUUUGUUUGUUGAUGGAAUGGUAUUUGAAAUGCAUAUUUGUUAAAAAACAGCAGUAAUGUAACAUUGUAAAAA